UUUAUAAUCAGAAGCUCGCAAACAAUCUGCGUUUUGUACCAUAUGAACGUGAUAUUUCUUUAUUACUAUAGGCUGAAUUUUAUUAGUUUUACUUAAAGGUCCAGCGGAAUUUUGGCACAGUAAUUAAAUUGUAGAACCAUAAAGUUUUUCAUAUCUGUUCGAAUGAUUGAGCAAAUGCAUUUUCACAGAAAAACGUUUGAGCACAGUUUGGUUUUAAAUCUUUGAGUUACUCUGCAAUUAUAUAUCAGUGGUUCUUGGUCAAAAAUUGUUUAAAUAGUCCUGUUUUAUUGAGCCGACCACAAAUUCACGCAGUCUUCAAUAUUGAUCAAUAUAUCUAAAAUCGAGAUCCUUAUAUUUUCAAUUACUUUUUCUUCUUGCUAAAUAGCUGUAGCUGAGUUGUUAUUGCGUUGCUCGAGGUCGCAUUCCAAAAACUGAACAUCGGACUCUCGGAUUUCCAAAAGUUGCCUGGAACUAAACAAACUACGAUCCUAUCUGAAACUAUUCUUGUUUGAGUCGUAAUGGGAAAUUGAGAACGAGAUCAUUUUCUCGACCUGAGCGUCACGACACAAAAACGCAGAAUAAACGACAGAAAAACCCCAGAUACAACACUCAUCAAAAAACUCCACCCCAGGAUCCUCAAACUACGGAACCGGUAUCCCCGGCAACAAUCGAGUACACCGUUGUGGAAGACAGCAGAAAACCCACCAAAACAAAGCCCGGUCAAGCGGAUAAUUCAGAGGGUUUGCAGAAAACUCCAAAAAUCAACGAAUCGGACUCAUCAUCGACGAAAAUGUUUGAAUUCUGCCACAAAUUCGCAACCCAAUAUUUCUCCAGUUUAUCCAAGAACAAAAAUGGCGCAGUAUCGCCAUUCAGUGUGUUCGUAUGUCUCUCAAUGGCCAAAAUGGGCGCGGGAGGCAAAACAUUGAAGGAAUUCAUUGAAGUACUUGGCGACGAUCAGGAGGAAACCAAAAGUGUUGUGAAAAAAUUCGUUCACUGGGAAGACAAUGAGUUCGAAUUAAAGCUCGCUAAUGCAAUUUUUGUCAAGGACGGAAUAAGGCUGAUCGAAAGCUUUGAGCAGAGUUUAGAUGAAAGUUUCUCGGCACUGGUUCAAAAUGUUGCUCUGGGGACGAUUGACGGUGAAACGGUUGUGAACGAUUGGAUAAGAGAGCAAACAAAAGGACUGAUCGAUAAAGUUAUAAAAAAUACAACGGGGGAUGAUCUGGCUAUUUUAGUGAACGCGGUUUACAUGAAAGGCAAAUGGGUGAAGGAGUUUACGCUAAGCCGAAAGAAUGAAGAUUUCAGAACGUCGGCAGGUGAAAUUGUUCAACCACAAAUGUUGAAAAAAGAGUGCAUUUUUGGUUUUUACAUUGACAAAGCAAAUCAGUAUAAGAUCGCAUUUUUCGAGUACAAAUUCGCUGAAAAUUCGUCUGACCAAUGGGAAAUGGGGGUCUUACUUCCAGAUCAGCAAUCACAAUGCAGCACUAAAAUUGCUGACUUUUUGACAUUCAUUUCACCAGAGAACAUGAAAAAGUUCACGAAUUACUCGCCUGACUCAAGAUUUCUGACCAAAUUGCACGUGUUACUGCCUAAAGUGAAAGCUGAAGCUGAAAUAGACCUCAUUCCAAUACUCGAAAAAAUGGGAAUGAGCAGUGCAUUCAAUUCAUCAGGUGCAAACUUCUCGGAAAUGCUUGCCGUAGACGAACCAGUUCACUUCAAUGAGGCCAAGCAGAGGUGUUAUGUUGACAUAGACGAACAAGGGACGGAAGCUGCUGCAGUGACAUAUAUGAAUAUGAAGUUAAUGUGCUCCAGAGAAAUAGAGCCAGAACCACCAACACCAUUCCACGUUCUCUUUCCAUACAUUUACUUCAUAUUCCAGCCAGCUACCGGGAUCAUACUGUUUGUUGGCAUUGUCAACAACCCGUGUGCUGAUGAAAAACAGCCACCACAGUAACUGAACUUAUUGACACAAAUGUAAGAAAUUGUAAAUGCGUAUUCGAUAUGUAAUGAUCCUAAUUAUAACAAUAAUUGCUCAUAUGUACAGUCCUUUG